AUGAAUCAUAAUAGUACGACAGAAGACACAUAAUCUUCUCUUUUGGAUGCAAAGUCCAAAAAGUCUUAAGUUUUCCAAAAAAUAUUCUUUUUUAUCUUGGGGGUUUCAUCAUUGUCAGGAUGGAAUGCCAUCUUGACUGGAUUAUCGUAUUUUGCUGAUUAAUUUGAAGGUAACAAUAAGACUACUAUACUUAGGACGUAAUGUUUAUUUCAUACUGCCUAUCCCCAACUUCAUAAGCUUGUGUCUGAUUGGAUUAUUCCUACCUCGAAUCAGUUCUAUGCUUUCGAUGUUUGUCAGGGUUGUGUGGUCAUUGAUAAUUUUGUGCAUUCUUUUGAUUCUUUUACCAAUUAUAGCAUUGUUAAUGCAUAACUCUCUAGGUAUGGGAUCAAUGAAUAUAAAAAGGAUUUUGGUUAUGUUUAACAAUAAUCUUCAUUAUGGGAAUUUUUUCAUCACUAUAAUAGAAUAGUACGAUUGGGAUGUGUGGGAUUCUUGGUCCAGAUUAUGUUAAUGUCUUCUUUAUUGGUACAGGAGCUUCUGGAACUAUCAUCACAAUUUUUAGAUUAAUAUCUUUGGCUGCCAUCGACAGUGAGAAAUGUAAUUAAAUUCUAUAUAGAGUAGCAAUAUUUUUAUAUAUUGGAAUAGCAGUGCUUUGGAAUAUAGGUGCAAUAUUUAUGUAUUUUGCAUUCACAAAAACUCCAUAAUAUAGAAAGAUUAUAUAAGCUCACAAGAAGGGUAGGAAGUCGGUUUUGGUUCAUGAUCAAAUUAUUACCCAGGAGGAACCUGAUAAUUUAGUAUAAAAUGAUAGUGUAAUUUCUGACAUCAUCGAUCCUGAAACUUUUAAUUAAAUUAAUUAAACUUAAGAUUCAAAUCCUAAAAUUGAUAAUUAAGUAACCAACAAAACUACCGAUCAGAUUUCUAUAGAAAAAAUGAAUGUAAUCUAAACCUUGGUUUGGAUUAACAAAGUAGCCUUUCCCAUUCCAUUAUUGCUUGUGAUUCUUUACAUUUAAACCUUCAUGAUGUUUCCAGGGGUAGCCUUCUAAAAGUCUUUCGAUCCCGAUUUCAUUAAUUGGGGUCAAUGUUUCAUUAGUUUAGGAUACAAUAUUGGAGAUACCUUAGGAAAGUUCUUAGCAGGUAAUAGAAAGCUAUUUAAUUUACAAAUUUUAAUUGGAUUGUUUUUAGGAAGAUUUGUUUUUUUUUACACCUACAUCGCAAUAGCCAAAGGAACCCUAGAUGCUGAUUGGAUUUCUUAUUUAAAUACAUUUUUAUUUGGAACCAUCAAUGGAUUUAUCACAACAGGCUACAUGAUAUUGGGACCAGAAAAAGUAAUUGAGAAUAUUUAUAUUAUAGACAAACGAAGGGUUUGUGAAAGAAAAAAUUGGUUUUGUGUCAGGAUUUUCCCUUUGUUUUGGACUUAUGUUAGGAACUUUCAUGGCUUUGCCAUUUUCUAAUAUUUCAAAAUGA